AUGGAGGCUCUUGAAAAAGGAACAACUGGACAUCUCUACUUGACACUGCCACCUGGCCGCCGCCUCUACUUCAGCCAUGCCCACGACCUUGGGUACCCUACCAUCUCUUGCACCUCUGUCGUCUCCAGGAACUUUGGCAAGGCUUUCCUUGCUCAUGAUGCACUCAAUACAGGUUGGAUUAUUAACUCUGGUGCUACUGACCAUAUGACGUAUAAUUCUGAUUUAUUCUCUACUAUUCUCUUGCCUCAUCAUGAUCAUGUUCUAACUGCUAAUAAUGCUACUGCUCCUGUCACAAGGGCUGGUUCUGAUAUCCAGACUCAGGAGAUCUUUGGUCGUGGUACUAAAAUAGUUGGGCUUUAUUACGUGGAUGAUAUGGCAACUAGUCAGUUUUUCCAUAUUCAAGGUGUUCUCCAUGAGACUACUUAUCCUCAUACACUACAACAUAAUGAGGUUGCUAAAUGUAAAAGUGGGCAUAUCAUUGCCGCUGUCCGUGCUUUACUGCUUGGUGUGUCAAUUCCAAAGCAGUUCUGGAUGAAUAAUGUUACCUAUACAGUCUAUCUUUUGAAUUGUCUACCUUCAUGA